AUGUCUCCUCCUCGCCGUGCCCUCAUCAGCAUCACCUCGGCUUCUGCCACCCUCUUUGACGGCAAGGAAACCACUGGCCUCUUCAUCAGCGAAGCUCUUCAUCCCUACAAGGUCUUGAUAGCUGCUGGAUUUGAGGUCGACCUUGCCUCAGAGACUGGCACUUAUACCCCCGACUGGCUCUCCCAGCAGCCUGACUUCCUCAAUGGCGAUGACCUCGCUAUCUGGAACGACACCAACAGCGAGUUCCGCAAAAAGCUUGACAACAUGCCCAAGGCCUCUGAGCUUGACCCAUCGAAGUAUGGUCUGUUCUACGCCUCAGCUGGACACGCAGCUCUGAUUGACUACCCCACUGCAUCUUCUCUCCAGAACAUCGCUGCUCAAGUCUGGGCCAGCGGCGGUGUCGUCUCGACUGUUUGCCAUGGCCCAGCCAUCUUUGCCAAUCUCAUUGACCCCACCACCAAUGAACCUUUGAUCAAGGGAAAGAAGAUCACUGGCUUCACUACCGAGGCUGAGCACACGAUGAAGAUCAUGGACGAGCUUCGCAGCUGGGAUCGUGAAAUGGUCGAGGAAGUUGCCGCUCGUCUCGGUGCAACUUAUGAACGUGCUCCUGGUAUUUGGGAUGAUUUCCAUGUCGUCGAUGGUCGCUUGGUCACGGGUCAGAAUCCCGCCAGCGCUACUUCGACUGCCAAGGCGGCUGUAGCAGUGUUUGAGAAGCUUUAA